UCAGGAUAACUUCAGCAUCUUUUCGUUCCAUCUUGGUGGACUGAGACUUUGGACAAUUCCUCAGCCAGAGAGCAGGAUUUUGGCACCCUCCAAAAUAAAUUGGCACUAAACAAAAAAUACAAAGCAUCCCGUCGCCUUCAAAGCAGGGCAUCCGAGCAGCAGUUUGCCCCCUUUCUAGCCUGGAUUUCGGGGUGCGGGUGUCCUUAUCACCCCCAAACAUGUUCAUUGCUGUGCUUCUGGUGGUGCCACUGGUCCUAGGCCCCAGCGGGGUGGCCCAGGCGCUCUCAACGUGCCAGACCCUGGACCUGGAGGUGGCCCGGGCCCGGCGGGUCGAGGCCGUACGAGGGCAAAUCCUGAGCAAGCUGCAGCUGGUGGCACCCCCUGAGGAAGAGGAAGGGGUUCCCGAACAGCCGCCGGCCGAGGUGAUGCUGCUGUACAACAGCACAAAGGAGCUCUCCCGGGAAAGAGGUGCCUGCGGUGGACGCAGCGCCAGCAGCAGCGAAGAGGAGGAGUACUAUGCCAAGGAAGUGCGGCGCGUGGACAUGUUGCCUCCUGGGCACACUGACAACGCCAUCUCCAGCACCCAAAGCAGCCCUUUCUUCCGCCUCCUCCACUUCGAUGUCUCUGGUGCCGAAUCCAACCUCAGCAGCCUCGUCCAGGCCGAACUCCGCAUCUACAGAGUCCCCAACCCUCGGGCACGAGCCACGGAGCAACGCCUGGAGCUCUAUCAGGUGGUUCGGGCAAGGGAGCCCUUGGCAUCAACUCAGCGCUAUGUGGAAAGCAAGACUUUGCACCCCGCGGAUCGGGCCGAGUGGAUCUCCUUUGAUGUCACGGACACGGUCAGCCAGUGGCUGGGCAAGAGAGAAAGAAACCUGGGCCUGAAACUGGGGGUGCAUUGCCCCUGCUGCACGUAUGUGCCUGCUGGAAACACCAUCAGCCCCAACCACAGUGAGGAGCUGGAGGCUCGGUUUGCAGGACUGGAUGAUGAACUCAUUAAGGAGGCGUGGAAAGGUCGUGCGAGACCUCCGGAUCUCAGCGGCAAAGACCCCCACAUCAUCCUCACCUUGCUUCCCCCACACCGGUUGGAACCUUCCCCAAAGGGUCGGCGUCGCAGAUCAGCCAACAACCCCAGCUGCUCCAGGAAUACCGACCAGGGCUGCUGCCUCCGCACCUUGUACAUUGAUUUCCGCAAAGACCUGAAAUGGAAGUGGAUCCACCAGCCCAAAGGUUACAAGGCUAACUUCUGUGCUGGAAGCUGCCGUUAUGUAUGGAGCACGGACACACAGUACAACAUGGUGCUUCCUUUGUACAACAAGCUGAACCCCGAAGCCUCGGCCGCCCCUUGCUGCGUCCCCCAUAAGCUGGAGCCCUUGACCAUCCUCUACUACGUGGGCCGCUCGCCCAAAGUGCAGCAGCUCAGCAACAUGGUGGUGAAGUCCUGCCGUUGUCGCUGAAGAAGGCUCGCCCUGCCGGUUGGGAUGAGGAGACCUCCCCACAUCUCCGGUUCCACCGUAUUUAUUCUGGCCAAACCCUCCAGGGUUAAAACUCUGUUGUUUUGUGCUCCCAAUCACCAGCAAAAGAUGAGUUGUGCUCUCUCUCGUUUUCGCAAACGAGUCUCCUUUGCCCGGAUGGGAUGCAAGCCGCUGGUGGAGCGGUCUUGGGCGCCAUCUAGACUGCCAUAUAAUGUCAUUUGAACUCAUAUAAUGCAGUCUGAAUUGCAUUGAACUAGAUUAUAUGAGUCUACACUGCCAUGUAAUCCUACUUGCAUGACAAUGAAGUCUUAAUAAUAAUCCAUAUAAAUAAAAA